AUGGAAGAAGGAGAAUCAAUUACUUCCAUGUUUACCCGUUUUACAUAUAUAAAAAAUGGUUUCAAAGCACUUGGUAGGGAUUAUUCUAUAGAGGAUAAUGUGCAGAAAGUCCUUCGUUCAUUACUAGAAUCAUGGCAUGCAAAGUCAACGGCCAUCGAAGAAGCAAAGGAUCUCUUAGAGGUCACUCUUGAUGAGCUCAUUGGAUCUCUCAUGACUUAUGGGAUCAAAAAGAAAAAUGCAACACUUGAAGUUGAAAAGCCCAAAAAGACACUGGGGAUCACCUUAAAGGUAGCAAGUCAAAAGGAAAUGGUGGAGGAAGAAGUGAGUGACAAUGAAGACGAAGAAGGAGACAAAAAAAAGAACAAAGCUAUGAAUGCAACCGGAUGGGAUGAGCUGGACGGAACUUCGACCGAGGGAGAAUUUGAAGAUGAAGUUGCCAACUUCUGUUUCAUGGCGGAUGAUCAAGAUGAGGUUUGCUUGAAGACUACUUCAAUGAAGAACAAACGGUUCCUUGACAACGGUUGUUCAAGGCACAUGACAGGAGACGCCAACAAAUUCGCCUCUCUCACCUACAAGAAAGAAGGGUUUGUGACUUUCGAGAUAACGCCAAGGGUAGAAUCAUAA